AUGGUUGUCAAUGUAAACUACGCCGGCUUUGAACGUCGGCUCUCUGUGGUUCAGCAAGUCCUCCAUGGCCGCGGGCUUCAGGCCUCCAUCAUCUCGACCCUGGCUUAUGACGAAGAGUACGCAUAUCCCUUUAACAACUUCCUCUUCAAAGUAGAGCUAGCGACGCCGGCCUUCGCAUCAUCGUUUCCGGGUACUCAACCUGGCACAUGCAAAGCUCCGCUUGAAGGCGUCUCCACGCUAGUCAUCAAACUUAGCAACCUCGCGGCCCACGACGUGAACAAUACCAACCGCGUAGAGAAUGACGUCGCUUCACAGCACCUUGUUCGUGAGUCCAUGGAAAAGAGCGGGCUUGAUCCACUAAUACCGGAUGUUUACGCCUGGGUGCCUGCCACAACUACUGACCAAGUAAACGAGGAGGGGUUUGGUUGGAUCAUGUCAGAGUUCCGGAGCGGCGUUGAUCUUGGUCCGGAAUUCUCCUCUCUUGACAUGGAAAGUCAGAAGCAUGUCUUGGAGCAGAUGGCUGCCGUUCUUGGGGCCAUACAAGCAGUAGAUCUCCCGCAAAGCGUCACUAAGUUUGGCGGCGGACUCAAGUUCGACCAGAACGGCGCUAUUGUGAGCGGAGAGUCGUCAUCUAUGCAAGAUGUGAGACCCACUGGCUCAUACGCGGAGUGGAGAAUAGAAAAGCUGCGUUCCCGCAUCAAACAAGCUGCCGAAAGCUCAGUUAUCCAAGGCUGGGAAAGCAAUGGCGUUGACGCCAGGAUCGAAAAGUUUCUCGCCAGCGGCGGCCCAGAGAAAGUGCUUAGUAUUGUUGAUAUACACAAAAAGUUUCUAAUACAUGGAGACUUGACCAUUUACAACAUGCUCUUUGAUAAGAAGGCCAAGAAAGUCACAGCAGUUCUUGACUUCGACUUUGCCUCCGUUUCUCACCCCUUUGAAGAGUUCAUCUCCAUGUCUUUCAGCCACACCGGUGGAAAUAUUGGCGACGACGACACCGCGAUCAACCAGGCGAUUCUCUCAGGCGACUUCACUACGCCACCUGCAGACCUAGAUAAGGAAUCUCUCAAGGAGUGGGAGCUUGCUAAAACGUGGAAUUCAGUUUUACAGGAGAGUGUCGCUCUUGCUCCGGUCCAGAUCGACGGCGUUAACCAGAUCCGUGACCUUAUGCGCUUGCAGAGGUUCCUGUGUCCAUACUGGCUAGGCAGCGCGUCAGUUCUCGAGGAACAUGACGAGGUGAAGAGAGCCGAGCUUAGGGUAAAGGCAGAAGCAGACCUUGUAGGCUGGCUUAAGAAGCACGGGUAUUAA